UUUUUUUUAACUUGCUCAAGCAUUUGCAAAUUCUCCUUUGAAAAACUAAACAAAAUGGCCUAUUAACAUAUGUAUUCCACAUGGCAACCUCAAAGCGUGAAGCGUUUCCCUGUACUAUUGGCGGUGUGUCUAGUCUGAUUGAAGACGAGCAGUUCGAUUUCGACGUGCCACUUUCGCCAAUUGAUUUUGAUGUUCGAGAGCAUAAUGCUGAUUUAGAAGAUGAAGAUGAAGUUUUCUUUGGUCCUGUGGGUCACAGAGAAAGAUGUGUUACUGUUAACAGUGAACUUCAAGAUGAUGACAAAUUUAAACCCUUAAGUCCCCUUAAUGGUGAACAAAUUGCUGAACUGUAUAAAGAAGCAACUGCAGUGUCAAUAUUUAUCAAAAACUCUUCCUUCACUCAGAAUAAUGAUAAUGUUACAGAUGGAAAGGAAAAUCGUGAUAUCUGUGAGCUUUUAUCACAAACAUUUACAGUUGAAGAUGAUCAUAAAAACAUGACUGCAAAAGGAGAUCUAGAAGAUAACAAAAGAACUACAAAAUCUGCAUCUUCCCCUGAGUCAGCCAACAGUAUUUCACCACAGUCAACAGAAUGUUCAGAUGACAUGAACAUUCCUUUUACACCAAGACGAAUCUUGCAAGAAAGCAACUCUCAGAGUGGAGCGUUUCAGUCACCAUUCAAAAGACGAAAAGCGCGUCCUUUGCAGAAUAGUCGCAAGUUUGCUCAAUCCAAGCUUCCCACAACACAAAUGACACUAAAGACCAGGAGUUGUUUUAAUUCUCCUAUAAAAGUAGAACAUCUAUAUGGUCUGAGACAGACAACUGGUGGUUCAGAAAAAGAAAAGAUUCCACGUGUUUCACAAAGUGGAAUAAAACCUCCAGGAUUUGGUUGUAAGCCCAGACGACGCCGUACAAGUUCGUCUUCAUCUGUGUCUUCUACAUCCAGUGCUGUAUCAGUUCAGUCAACUGAUAUGAAUGAGACUUUUGUCAUCUCCAAAGGUUCCUCUUCUGACAUUUCAUCUAUUCCAACUCCCUGUGCACGCAAAGUUCCAGCUACUAAGGCCUGCUUGAAGCCUGUAAAUGGAACUGGUGCAUUGACCAAGCCCGCCUUUGCCAGGCCUAAAGGACGACCUCAGCCUGUGAAAGCACUUCCACUGCCUGUUACUCACAGCAAGAAAGCCCCACCAACACCUACUGAUCCUCUAAAAUCAAAGGGGGUGCCUGGCAAUACCCCUGUACAUCGCCAAAGUGGAAUGUGCUCCGAGCAAAUGGUCACCAGGUCACAGACACCCAAUAACAUACAGAGGUCCAAGUCAUUUAAUACACCUGUAAGGCAAAGUGGGAGCAACACUCCAACUGGCCAGGCUGUUAGACGAUGGGCACAAACACCCACCAGAGGGAAAAGCCCUGCAGUGUCUUUAACUCCAAGGAGAAGAGGAAGUGUCACACCCAGGGCUAGUGCCUCAAAUGUUCAAACCUCUUUGCAAAGGCACAACAGCGGCACAAUGGCAGCCAUAUCCUCAAAGACUCAGGACAAGAAUUCCCCCCCACCAUCCACCCCUGAAAAUGCAAUUUAUGCAUCCAAUGAUAAGGUUACUCCACCAAAUCCAGUUCCCAGCAAUACCAUAAAAAGAAAGUCACUGAGUGCAAACAACCAGAAGAGACGCUCUCAUCUGCCAACUCCUGUGAAAAGCAGGAUCACUAGAUCCCAGUCACAGAAGUGUAGAUCAAUAAGCAUUAACGAUGUGCCUCCUGAUCCCCUUACCUUUGGCCUCUCCCCCUCAGCUGAAGUCAAACCAAGGAGUUUUGCCUCUCAACCAGACCCAAAUGUGCAACUAUCACAUUCCCACACAAGAAUAUCUGAUCCGUUUUCUCCAGCAUCCCAGUUAGUUACUACUGAUCCCAUAAGUGAUUACACUAAUGAUGAUUCAGUUGCUAGAAAUUUGAUUGAAUGGUCACCUGCUGUGUCCAGAGAAGGAAAUCUUAUUGACAUAUGAAGAUGUCAUACAACGUGGGAGUAUGGCUGGCAUUUAAAGCCCAGAAUCAAGAGGAAGACCAGAUUUUCA